AUUUCAGGUCACAAAAAGACGGUGACCUGUCAUGGGCCUGGAAAAAACUGAAUAAUGAGCGAACAACAACAAAUAGUUUUUCCUCACGCAAUUUAGAGAAAAGAAAAAUAAUUAGUGCAUCGAAAGCGGCCGCAAUGCUGUCGCAAUACGUGGAAGAAUUGGAACAGGAUCCCUUCGAGGUGGAGGAAUUCAUCGAACGGCUCUGCUGGCGGACCAACAACGAAAUCGGCUCCGAUCAGUUCGAUCCGGACCUACUGUACGAGACGUUUGUCGAGACGAUCAAAGAUCUGAAAAUUGUUCAGGAACGACAGCAGCGAAAAUGUGACAAGCUUGAGGACGCCCUCAAGGAGGAGCAGAGUGUGUUCGUGAAGGCGAUUGACCGCUUCGUUGGGAAGCAUCAGAUCUCGGUGGAUUACUUCCACCAGUUGGAUGAGAAAAUCAAUUCGGUUGCUGGUAAAGUGAUUCAUCUGGGGGAACAACUGGAGAAUGUUAACGUGCCCCGAAGCCGAGCGGUGGAGGCUCAGUUGCUGUUGAAUCACAUGGGAGACUUCCUGACGCCGGGUCCCAUUGUGAACGAUGUCUACAGUGACAAAGCUAGGCUGUUUGAAGCGGCCGAUAUCACUCAGAAGCUGUAUAUGAUAUCGCAGGAUUUACCUGCUAGUAGAUUUUUGAACGCGAAGAAAAAAAUUGAAGGUAAAUAUGACGAAAUUGAAAUGCAGUUAAUUGAGGAGUUUGCGACGGCUCAGAAAAUGGAAAGCAUCGAGCGGAUGAAGGGAAUAUCUUCCAUUCUGUCUCAGUUCAAAGGCUACUCGCAGGUCAUUGAUGUCUAUAUUGAACAAAGCCAGGCGGUCACUUACGGCGGACGGGAUGUUUUCGAUGGAAUCGUCCCGCUUUGUCACAAAAAUUACAAGAUCAUACGACAAGUUUUCAACGCUCCCGAUCAGGUGAUGAGCAAGUUUAUUCUGAACAUCUACCAGCUGAAGAUUAAUCAGUUUGUGCAAACUAAGUUGGACGAUCGGAAGGACGAAAGCAAAUAUUUGAAAUCACUCUAUGAGUUGUAUUCUCGAACAUUGAAGCUUUCCAAUGAGCUGCAAGAAUUCAUGAAAGAGUCCGAUGAUGAUCUGUUGCAAAAGCUAACGGCUAACAUAUUUUCGACGCAUCUUAGCUCCUACAUCGAGGUGGAAUGUCGUAACUUGGACGCAAAGUGUCAGCUGGAGUUGAGAAAGUUUUACGAGAAUAAAAAUCAUCAAAAGAAACAGGUAGAACGCUUCCAGGAACUGCGACGAGACAUGCAAGCAUUGAUCGGUGCUCGGGCGAAUAUAAACAUCGCCCAGAUUGAAGAUUACGGAGGUGAAACUUUUUUGUCCGAAGAGUUGGCUAUAAAUCUUUUACAGCAGUCUUCUUGCGCAUUGGAGCGGUGCUGCCUUCUUUCCAAGGAGGUAGAUUUACCGAAACACAUUCUUAAAAUCGUUGACAUUUUGUUGCGAUUCUUGUUGCAUGAACAUGUUGAUUAUGCUUUAGACCUCGGACUGCAGGCGAUUCCGAUUGCCGAGUGCAAGUCAAUUCCACAAAUCUACUUUUUCGAUGUGGCACAGAAGUGUAAUACAAUCGUACAUUUGUUGGAGAAAACGUACAAUGCAAGUAUCAUUCCCAACGUGCUUUCCACUGCACAGUAUACUGAUUGCUUGCAGAAGAAGCGCUACUAUUUGGAGUCGAUCGAAAGCAAGAUUGAGACAGGUUUAGAACGCACUCUCAACGCUAUCUUCGGAUGGGUUAAAACCUAUCUACAAAAUGAGCAGAAAAAAACUGACUUCAAGCCGGAUUCGGAUGUUGACACUGUUGCAUCGGGAGCCUGCCUUUCGGUAGUCCAAUACAUCAACCCGUUGAUUGCGCUAAUUCAGCGAACGAUUGAUGGUGAGAAUCUGACCGCCGUUAUGACCGAGUUCGGUGUUCGCUAUCAUCGCGCCAUUUACGAGCACUUACAGCAGUUCCAGUAUAAUACAGCUGGGGCCAUGUGCGCUAUCUGUGACGUUAAUGAGUACAGGAAGAGUGCCCGUGCGUUGCAGGCUCCACUGGUGACGCAAUUGUUUGACGUUCUGCAUGCUCUGUGUAAUCUGCUGCUGGUUAAGGUGGAAAACCUGCAGGAAGUGUGCGGCGGGGAAACGCUCAACUAUCUGGACAAAUCAGUGGUAAUGAAUUUUAUCCAGCUUCGCAGCGACUACAAGACGAUUAAGAUAUCCAACUCACUAAAGGGAAUUUCCGAUCAGCGUACCGUUUAGGAGAGUUCUUUCAAUAAAAAAACAUUGCUAAAUAGAACUAUUGUUUG